AAAUUUUCCCCCUCCAGACAUACAAGACAUCACUAUUUCCAAAUCCUUCACUCUCAUCCAAAUCUCCUCUUUUGUUUCCUGCGAUUAAUUUCCUCUCCCCCCAUGGCUUCCGUAACGGUUGCUUUCUCUCCGAUUACCACCGCUGUUUCUGCCCCUUCUUCUUCGGUUUCCGAUCGGAGAAUAUCCGUUAGAUUACCGGGAUUUCGUGGUCUCAAGAGUAAAUCGACGUCGGCGUCGGUGGUUCCGUUGUUCCGAUCGGUGAUCCGGGAGCCGCUUAUAUGCGGUCGAGGUGGCCGUGUGGUAUGUGAAGCCCAGGAGACCGCUGUUGAUGUGUCAGCAGUGAAGGAAGAUGCAUGGCAAUCGCUUGUUCUUGAUUGUGAAUUGCCUGUUCUGGUUGAGUUUUGGGCUCCAUGGUGUGGACCUUGCCGUAUGAUACACCCCGUAGUUGACGAGCUGUCAAAGGAUUACACUGGGAAGCUCAAAUGUUACAAAGUUAACACCGAUGAGUGCCCUAACAUUGCAACUCAAUACGGAAUUCGAAGCAUUCCGACUGUUAUGAUCUUUAAGAAUGGGGAAAAGAAAGAUGCAGUGAUUGGUGCUGUUCCCAAAUCCACCUUGAUAACCUGCAUUGAGAGAUUCUUGUAGAAGUGGUAAGCAAAUAUCACUUCUCUUCUCUUCUGUAAUUUAAGCUAUUUCUAGUAAUUUCUAGGUUUGUCAACUUCCAGUAGCACAUAGUAAGUGUCACUGUACUAAUUUCACAUUUGGAGUCUACAAUUUUAACUAUAUUUUAUUUUAAAAUUUUAUAUUGAUCCUAAUAAAAUUUCGAAAUAUUGGUAUUGUAAA